UCGAAAUAAAAAUGGCUAUUCAAAUGCUUAUAAUAAAAAUAGCACAUAUAUAUUUGUUUCGUGGACAUUGAUAAUGCAUUUUGUACUCUUAUGGGGUAUAUUGGAUAUCAAUUUUCAUUCACCAAUUAUACAAGGGUUGCCUGUUGUACCAGCUUUACAAAAUGCACCUGCAAAAAGAUUGCUUUUAUUUGUAGCUGAUGGUCUGAGAUAUCGUACCUUUAUAGAAAAUCUUCCUCCAUAUCUAAAAAAUGUCACCCGGUACAAAGGUGUUUGGGGUAUUUCGCAUACUCGUGUUCCUACAGAAUCAAGACCAGGUAACGUAGCAAUUGCUGCAGGACUUUAUGAAGAUCCAAGUGCAAUUUUCAAAGGAUGGAAAGAAAAUCCUAUAGAUUUUGAUUCGGUCUUCAAUCAAAGUAAAUCAACAUGGGCAUGGGGGAGUCCUGACAUUAUACCUUUAUUUACAAAAACUAAUAAAGAAACCAUACAUGGCGAAAGUUAUCCUUCAGAGUGGCAAGAUUUUGAUGGCUUACAAAAUAAUAUGUUACGUCUAGAUUCAUGGGUAUUCGAUAAAUAUUUAGAUUGGCUUGACAAAAAGUCACAUGCAGCGAAACACAUGGAUGGUAUUAUUUUUUUUCUUCAUCUUCUUGGUUGUGAUACUAUAGGUCAUUCGUAUAAACCUCAAUCAAGAAAAUAUAUUGAAAACCUGAAGUAUAUUGAUCAAAGAAUAAAGGAAAUAGUACAAAAAACAGAACAAAUUUUUGAUGAUAGAAGUACAGCAUAUAUCUUCACAGCUGAUCAUGGAAUGACCGAUUGGGGUUCGCAUGGAAGUGGAUCUACAGAUGAAACAGAGACGCCAUUGAUUGCUUGGGGUGCAGGUGUAAAUUCUACCGGAGCUCGUUACGAUGUAGAUCAGGCAGAUAUAACUCCUUUAAUUUCAACACUUAUAGGCAGUCCUUUACCAACUAACAAUGAAGGUGUAUUACGAAAAGAAUACUUGAGAAACAAUGAUGUAUAUAGUGCGCAAGCUUUACUUAAUAAUUUAAAACAAUUAUCAUAUCAAGUAAUAGAAAAUCGUAUACUUCAUUGUGGAAUUGGUGAUGAUUUCAUGGAUUGGCGAGAACUUACGCUUAAUAAAUAUAUUUGGGAAAUUAAUCAAUAUAUCAGUAAUGGAAAGAUAAUGGAAGGAAUUAAAAAAGCAGAAGAAGCAAUAAAAUUAGCCAAAGAAUAUUUAUAUUAUUUUAAACAAUAUCAAAGAAAUCGUUUUUUGAUGUAUAUGACAUUUAUGUGGAUUGGUUGGAUAAUAUUACUAUUUCUUAAGAUAGUUGGAAUACCACGCCAAGAAAUAAAACUUUCAUUAUUAUUAUUACUCGAUAUAAUAUUUGUAAUCUCAUUGAUUGUAUUGAUCAUCAGAUAUAUAGGAAGCAGUGGGUAUAAUUUGAGACAGUUAUCCUAUGGAUUAUUUACUGCCAUUUCUCUUUGGUUAGCAGGUAUAAAUAUGAUCCAAUACGUUCCCAAAUUAAAGAAACAAAAUGUUAAAAACUUUUUCAUAGAAAUAGGGGGAACUAUUUUUUUGUUAUUUAUUAUGUUCAUGGGAUUGACAUAUAGAACUGUUCUCAGUGCAGGAAUGUUGUUCAUUGUUCUAAUGCAAAAAAUAAUAUUGACAAAGACACAUAAUAUGUUAUUAUGGUCAGGACUAGCUUUGGCCAUAUUUCCUUUAUUGCCAAUAGUAGAACCCUAUCCUCGAAUUUAUAUAGUUUCUAUUGGUAUAUGUAUUAUGAUAUGCAAGGUUUUUUUCAUGAAGCAUCAACUAAAAUAUAAAGCAAUUGAGAUAGUAAGAUUAAUAAUAACAGGACUGAUAUAUUUAAAAUUAAUAGAUGGUCGAUAUUGGAUAUCUUGGAUAAUUUUAGUAAGUGCGCCAUUAUUUAUCUGGACUUACACUGUUAAUGUAAAGAAUAGGAUAGAAGGAAUCACAAUUGGUCUUUUCUGCCCUCUGUCCUUGUUAUCUGCAUCUUAUGAACCUUUAUUUUUCUUAAUACUUGCAACGCAUUUACUUCAUUGGCCUUUAUUUAUCCAAGAUAAAUUUGAUGAAAUGACUGAUAAUGUUUUAAGUACCAGAGAUUUCAUUAAAGCAGCAUUUUUUGUAUCCUUUUUCUUCAUCGUUUAAGAUAUUUCCGUAAUAUAUUACAUGAAUAUGUCUAAUAUAUUUAUGUGUAAAUUAGUUAUUAAGUAAUGGUUUUCUAUAGUAUUCCUUAAUUACACUAUUUAGAUGUUUUAUACACUACUAUGUUUUUUUGGAACAGGAAACAUGGCAAGCAUAAGCUCAUUUGAUCCUCUUUGGACACAACAUUUUAUUACUAUUUUUUCUCCAUUUAUUAUGUGCUCAUUGAUACUUUUUAAGCUAAAUAUUCCUUUAAUAUUGAUAGGGUGUGUAAGUCAUAUUCUUGGAUCAAGAGUAGCCCUCUUAGCAGUUCUUUUUUUAGGAGAUUGUUUGUCCUUGCCUCUCAUGUACUAUGUUAAUCCGUAUGGUAGUUGGUUAGAGAUUGGUAGUGCUAUUAGUAGAUUUACAAUCGCAAUAACUUUACCAUCCAUUUUACUAAUUCUUCAUUAUUUUUCUUACCCUUUAAUGAAGUUCAAUAUAAAUCUAUUUGAACAUUUGUUGUCAGAAAAAAAACAUAUUGUAUAAAUAUGUGAAAUAUUUUGGUAGAAAAUAAUGAAUAUAACCCAAUGUAACUAUACUAUUGAUACAUAGAAAUUUUCUCAUAUAGUUCUUAUUACGAAGCAUUAAUAAUUAAAAUGUAUCAUGUCCUUCAAUAAAUAUAUAAGUACAAAUAUAUUUAUUGAUUAAUUAUAAAAGAUAUUUAUUGAUUUAUAUAUAUACAAGCAUAAGAUCGUUAUAUUAUAUUUCAUACAAUAAUUUCA